AGAAGCUCCACCAUUCUAAUGUUUUCACAUCCCCUCCCCUUCCCCCCUCUCUCCCUGCCUCCUGCCUGGCCGUGGCAUAACCCCUCCCACCGUUAAGAGCGAUCAGUGAAUGAGAGCCGCCGUGUCAGUCCGGCUCCUCCCCAGGGCACGGCCACUGGGAGCAACAGGUGCUUCGGCUACCCCUCGGGACAGAAAGAGCAAUAGACAGCGAGACUGACUGGGUGAGAGAGGGAGAGAAAGUGCCGGUGAGAGAAAGGUAGUAGGACACAGCAAGAGAAGGAUGUACAGCAGAAAAGAAAGCUCAAACGGACAAAAAUAGAAAAGAGCCUGGGAGCUUUGGCCUGGUUUCUCCCCUGUUCUUCAAUUGGCGUGCUCACCUGUCUUUUCCUUCACCACGGACUUUCCCAAGAGGACCCAUACACACUCAAACACACACACACACAGACACACUCAUAUCCUAAAGGGAGACAGCGAGAGAGGAGAGGCAGUGCUGAAUCGCUGAGAGGGUCUCCCCAUGGUGACUUCUGAUGUCCAGGAAUAAACAGGCGCUAUGGUCAUUCUACAGCAGGGGGACUAUGUGUGGUUGGAUCUGAAGACCGGCCGAGAGUUUGACGUCCCUAUUGGUGCUGUGGUAAAGCUAUGUGAAUCUGGACUGAUCCAGGUUCUGGAUGACGAAGGAAAUGAGCACUGGAUCUCACCCCAAAAUGCCACCCACAUUAAACCCAUGCACCCCACUUCUGUGCAUGGGGUGGAGGACAUGAUCCGUCUGGGUGACCUGAAUGAGGCCGGAAUCCUCCGCAACCUGCUUAUCCGCUACACUGAACACGUCAUCUAUACUUACACAGGGUCGAUCCUGGUGGCAGUGAAUCCCUAUCAGCUGCUGCCCAUUUACACGGCCGAACAGAUCCGCCUCUACACCAACAAGAAGAUUGGGGAGAUGCCGCCCCACAUUUUUGGCAUCGCUGACAACUGCUACUUCAAUAUGCAGCGCAGCAACAAGGACCAGUGCUGCAUUAUCAGUGGUGAGUCAGGAGCGGGAAAGACAGAGAGCACUAAGCUGAUUCUGCAGUUCCUUGCUUCCAUCAGCGGGCAGCACUCCUGGAUCGAACAGCAGGUCUUAGAGGCCAACCCAAUACUGGAAGCUUUUGGCAAUGCAAAGACCAUUCGUAAUGACAACUCCAGCCGGUUUGGAAAAUACAUUGAUAUACACUUCAACAAGAAAGGAGCGAUCGAGGGAGCCAAAAUUGAGCAGUACUUGUUGGAGAAGUCCAGAGUAUGCAGACAGGCUCAAGAUGAGAGGAACUAUCACAUCUUCUACUGCAUGUUGAAGGGCAUGACUCCCACUGAGAAAAAGGACCUGAACCUUGGCCAGGCCAUAGACUACACCUACCUCACCAUGGGAAAUUGCACCGUGUGUGAUGGCCGUGAUGACCUGAAGGACUACUGCAACAUCCUUUCUGCCAUGAAGGUGCUGAUGUUCACAGAGACUGAGAACUGGGAGAUCUCUAAGCUGCUAGCUUCCAUCCUGCAUAUGGGCAACAUUCACUUCAGAGCUCGGACAUACGCCAAUCUGGAUGCCUGUGUGGUGGUGCAGUCUCCUGAUCUUGUCACUGCGACAAUGCUGCUGGAGGUGAAACCUAGAGACAUGAUGGACUGUUUGACUACCCGCACCCUCAUCACCCGGGGAGAGUCUGUCUCCACUCCUCUCAGCAUGGACCAGGCACUGGACGUCCGGGAUGCCUUUGUAAAGGGAAUUUACGGAAGGUUGUUUGUAUGGAUUGUGGACAAGAUCAAUGCUGCCAUCUACAAGCCACCCGCCAGUGAGACCCAAUUGGUCAGGAAAUCCAUUGGCCUCCUGGACAUCUUUGGGUUUGAGAACUUCACUAUCAAUAGUUUUGAGCAGCUGUGCAUCAACUUUGCAAAUGAGAACCUGCAGCAGUUCUUUGUGCGGCAUGUGUUCAAGCUGGAACAGGAGGAGUACAAUUUGGAGAACAUUAACUGGCAACACAUCGAGUUCACUGACAACCAGGAUGCCCUCGACAUGAUCGCCAUCAAGCCAAUGAACAUCAUCUCUCUCAUUGAUGAAGAGAGCAAAUUCCCUAAGGGGACAGAAGCCACAAUGCUCUAUAAGCUGAACUCUCAGCACAAACUGAACUCAAACUACAUCCCCCCAAAGAACACCUACGAGACUAAAUUUGGUAUCCAGCACUUUGCCGGGGUGGUGCACUAUGAGACCAAAGGCUUUCUGGAGAAGAACAGGGACAGCCUCCAUGGUGACAUCAUCCAGCUGGUUCAUUCCUCCAAGAACAAGUUCAUCAAGCAGAUCUUCCAGGCCGAUGUUGCCAUGGGCGUGGAGACGAGGAAGCGUUCUCCAACGCUCAGCAGCCAGUUCAAGCGCUCCCUGGAGCUGCUGAUGAGGACGCUCGGCGCGUGCCAGCCCUUCUUCGUGCGCUGCAUCAAACCCAACGAGUUCAAGAAGCCCAUGCUAUUUGACAGAGAGCUGUGUGUCAGGCAGCUGCGCUAUUCUGGCAUGAUGGAGACCAUCCGUAUCCGCCGAGCUGGAUAUCCCAUACGCCAUACCUUCACAGAGUUUGUGGACCGCUACCGCGUACUUGUGCCUGGUGUCAAACCUGCCCACAAACAGGAAGACUUGCAUGGGACAUGUCAGUGCAUUGCUGAGGGUGUCCUGGGGAGAGAAGGUGACUGGCAGAUUGGGAAGACUAAGAUCUUCCUCAAGGAUCACCAUGACAUGAUGCUGGAGAUUGAGCGGGACAAGGCCAUCACUGACAAGGUCAUUCUCAUUCAAAAGGCAGUGAGGUGUUUCAAAGAAAGAACUCGUUUUCUGAAGAUGAAAAAAUCUGUGAUUUUGAUCCAGAAAAUGUGGAGAGGGUACUACUGUCGAAAGAACUACAGUGCAAUGCAGAUUGGCUUUUUGCGGCUACAGGCUCUUUUCAGAUCCCGUAAGCUGUGCAGAACCUACCGGUCAGCUCGGUACCAUGUCACCCACCUUCAAGCGUGUUGUCGGGGGUUUCUGGUGAGGCAGGUCUUCCAACGCCAGUUGUGGGCUGUCGUCACCAUUCAGGCCUAUGUCCGUGGAAUGAUCACACGCAGGCUGUGCAAGCAGCUAAAGAUUGAGUACCAGCGUCGCCUGGAAGCAGAGAGGUUGCGAAUGGCAGAGGAGGAGAAGCUCUUGAACCUGAUGACAGCCAGGAGAGCCAAAGCAGAGGCAGAAAGGAAACACCAGGAGCGUCUGGCAGAGCUGGCCCAGGAGGAAGCGGAGCGCAAGAGGAGAGAGCAGGAGGACGCACGAAGGAAGAAGGAGAUGAUGGAGGAAGUAGAGAAGGCCAAGCAGGAGCCUGUCAAUGACUCAGACAUGGUGGACAAGAUGUUUGGCUUCCUGGGCUCUACCAACUCCUUCCCUGGCCACGAGGGACAGGCCCCGGAUGGCUUUGAGGAUUUGGAACAAGCCAGAAUGGCCCUGGAAGAUGAAGACCUGGAAGAGUCCCUUCCACUCCCAGAUGAUGAGGAAGAGGACAUUUCAGAGUACAAGUUUGCCAAGUUUGCUGCCACCUACUUCCAGGGCACCACCACACACACCUACAUCCGACGCCCACUCAAGCAGCCACUGCUCUUCCAUGAGGACGAGGGAGAUCAGCUGGCUGCCCUUGCCGUCUGGAUCACGAUUCUGAGGUUCAUGGGAGAUCUCCCAGAGCCCAAGUAUCAGAUGGUCAUCAGCGACGGCAGUGAGAAGAUUCCGGUCAUGACCAAGAUCUACGAGACCCUGAGCAAGCGAACCUACCAAAAGGACCUGGAAGAGGAGGAGAGCACUCACAAUGAAAGUCAGAAGAGGAACAGUGUUCGCCACAAGCUUGUGUCCCUCACACUCAAGAAAAAGUCUAAAAUCACAGAGGAGGUGGCCAAGCGUCUGAGUGAUGGCGAAUACACUGUACAGGUGAACAGUAUGCUGGAGGACCGCCCCACCUCUAACCUGGAAAAGCUGCACUUCAUCAUAGGCAACGGCAUCCUACGCCCAGCCCUCAGAGAUGAGAUCUACUGUCAGAUAUGUAAGCAGCUGUCACAGAACUCAUCAAGGACCAGCAACACCCGGGGCUGGAUCCUCAUCUCCCUCUGUGUGGGCUGCUUUGCUCCCACUGAAAAAUUUGUCAGAUAUUUACGCAACUUCAUCAAUGGAGGUCCCCCUGGCUAUGCCCCCUUCUGCGAGGAGAGAUUGAUAAGGACCUUCAUGAAUGGGACGCGGACACAGCCUCCCUCCUGGUUGGAACUUCAGGCAACAAAGUCCAAAAAGCCCAUCAUGCUACCAGUGACCUUCAUGGACGGCACAACCAAGACCCUGCUGACGGACUCAGCCACCACAGCCCAUGAGCUGUGCAACGCCCUCGCCGAAAAGAUCAACUUGAGAGACCGAUUUGGCUUCUCCAUCUACAUUGCCCUGUUUGACAAGGUGUCCUCUUUGGGCAGCGGGAACGACCAUGUGAUGGACGCGGUGUCCCAGUGCGAGCAGUAUGCCAAGGAGCAGGGCGCGCAGGAGCGCAACGCCCCCUGGAGGCUGUUUUUCCGCAAGGAGAUCUUUACCCCCUGGCACAACCCAACUGAGGACAGUGUGGCCACCAACCUGAUCUACCAGCAGACCAUCCGCGGGGUCAAAUUUGGGGAGUACCGCUGUGACCGGGAAGAGGACCUGGUGGCCUUAGCCUCACAGCAGUACUAUGUGAGCUAUGGGGCUCAGAUCCUCCAGGAGCGGCUGCUCAGCCUCGUCCCCUCCUACAUCCCUGAUCGUGAGAUCAGCUCCUCCAAGACCUUGGAGAAAUGGGCACAGCUCAUUGUGACUGCUCACAAAAAGGCAAUCUACACACAGAAGAGAAUAGACCCACAGAGGAUCAAGGAGGAAGUUGUGGAUUUCACUCGGUUCAAGUGGCCUUUGCUCUUUUCACGAUUCUAUGAGGCCUUCAAAUUUUCUGGUCCCAGCUUGCCAAAGAAUGAUGUCAUUGUGGCUGUGAACUGGACUGGUGUUUACUUUGUGGAUGAACAAGAGCAGGUCCUGCUGGAGCUGUCCUUCCCAGAGAUCACUGCAGUUUCUAGCAGCAGAGGAGGUAAACUCCAGGGGCAGAGUUUCACAUUGGCUACCAUCAAAGGGGAUGAAUACACCUUCACCUCUAACAACGCUGAGGAUAUACGGGAUCUCGUGGUCACCUUCCUGGAUGGCUUGCGAAGGAAGUCAAAGUUUGUGGUCACUCUGCUGGAUAGCCCCAAUGCACCUAGGGAGGAUUCCAUGUUCCUCAGCUUUGCUAAAGGUGACCUCAUUCUGCUAGACCAGGACUUCACCGGCGAGCAAGUGAUGAAUUCGGGAUGGGCACAUGGUGUCAACGACAGGACUAAAGAGAGCGGUGACUUCCCAACCGACCUAGUUUAUGUGCUCCCAUGUGUCACCAGACCCCAGUACGAUCUUGUGGCCUUGGUCACCAUGUCCCCAGAACAGCGUAGGCCCUCGAUCAGCCUGUCGCAGCUAGUGCUGGCUGAGGGAGUGGAGAAGGUUAAGCCCUAUACCCUGGAGGAGUAUUCAUAUGACUAUUUCAGACCCCCUCAGAAAAGUACUUUGAGCCGAGUGAUGAUCACUAAGGGCCGGGUGAAGGAUCAGCUGUGGUGCUGCACCAGGGAUCCCAUCAAGCAACCACUACUCAAGAAGGUUCUUAACCAUGAGGAGCUCUCCCAGGAGGCCUGCAUGGCCUUCAUCUCUAUCCUGAAGUACAUGGGUGAUUACCCAUCCAAAAGAGCGCGCUCUGUAAAUGAGCUCACUGACCAGAUAUUUGAAGGUGCAUUGAAGGCGGAGCCUCUGAAAGAUGAAAUCUUCAGCCAGAUCAUCAAACAGCUCACAGAAAACCACGUCAAAUACAGUGAGGAGAAGGGCUGGGAGCUGCUGUGGUUGUGCACAGGGCUCUUUCCUCCCAGCACUGUGCUCCUGCCCCAUGUCCAGAGGUUCCUGCAAUCCAAGAAGCACCACCCCCUCGCCCCCGACUGUAUGCAGCGGCUGCAGAAAGCUCUGCGAAAUGGGUCCAGGAAGUAUCCCCCACACUUAGUGGAGGUUGAAGCCAUCCAGCACAAGACCACCCAGAUCUUCCACAAAGUCUUCUUCCCUGAUGAAACAGACGAGGUUUUUGAAGUGGAGUCAAGCACAAAGGCCAAGGACUUCUGUGUCCGCAUCUCCAGCAGGUUACAUCUCCAGUCCUCAGAGGGCUUCAGUCUGUUUGUGAAGAUCGCCGAUAAGGUGAUCAGUGUACCAGAGGGUGAUUUCUUCUUUGACUUCGUCAGACACCUCACUGAUUGGAUCAAAAAAGCCAGACCAGCAAAGGAUGGUGUAGUGCCUCCAUUGACCUAUCAGGUGUUCUUCAUGAAGAAACUAUGGACCAACACUGUCCCAGGGAAAGACUCCAUGGCUGACUGUAUGUUCCAUUACUACCAGGAACUUCCUAAAUACCUGCGAGGUUACCACAAGUGCUCACGUGAGGAGGUCGCCCAGCUUGGGGCCCUCAUCUACCGUGUCAAGUUUGAGGAAGACAAGUCUCAUUUUCCCAACAUUCCUAAGAUGCUGAAAGACAUGGUGCCCCAGGAUCUCAUCCGCCAGUUCUCGCCUGAUGACUGGAAGCGAUGUAUUGUGGGAUACUUCAACAAACAGGCAGGAAAAUCCAGAGAGGAGGCCAAGCUCAUGUUCCUGAAAAUCCUUUUUAAGUGGCCCACAUUUGGGUCUGCCUUCUUUGAAGUAAAGCAAACCACUGAGCCAAAUUUCCCCGAGAUCCUGGUGAUAGCAAUAAAUAAGCAUGGAGUCAGUUUAAUAGACCCAAAAACCAAGGACAUCUUAACCACACAUCCCUUCACCAAGAUCUCCAACUGGAGCAGUGGCAACACAUACUUCCACAUCACCAUCGGCAACCUGGUGCGGGGCAGCAAGCUUCUGUGUGAGACCUCACUGGGCUACAAGAUGGAUGACCUCCUUACUUCCUACAUCAGCCAGAUGUUGAGUACCAUGAGCAAGCAGCGCAGUGCUCGUGGCAACAGCAACUGAACGCGUUGCAGAAGGAUGUGGAGCUCCUGUACCUGCUAUACCCCUCUAGGAUCUGCCCCUCCCCACUAACUCUGCCAAUUUGUGAGCGUUAGGCCAUAUUCAGUAUUUCUGAGUAUUUAGUAUUUUCUUUCUAGUGUGAUGAACGCACGUCAAAACACACACACCCACUGCUUUGGCCGAUUUUGGCAAUUUUCAGACCAACAUCGUGAUGGGAAAGAGUUGUGAGGAAAGCUUUUGGGCCUUGUUGCAUUCAUGCACACAGCAGUCUUUGAUCUGGUUCUGGAGCAUUUGAACCUUCUGUUGUUGGACUCAGUAGUGGCCAAGACUGUACCAAAGCCAUUCUACGGGCUAAAGAAAUGAUGACAACUGUAACUUUGGGAAAAGGUUUGUGUUAACAUUUGGAGAAUGGUACGUGUUAGCUUGAGUGUACCUUCACUCAAUUGCAAUCAUGCAAUUGAGUUUCAUCAGGAUUUAGCCAUUUUAAUUCCUGCCUUAAAGCCUUAAGGUACUGCUUUUCUUUUUCAUUUUAAGGUAUUUUAGGUCAUUUUUUAAAUUACAACAUUGUUUAGGUUUACAUGUUUCAAGUAAUCAGUCUAUUUAUGCUUUAUUAACUGAUUUGUGUCCUCAGUGUCUCAAAUACAAUCAAAAAGUAGUGAUGCAUUUAUGAAUGCAUUGUUCCUGAUUCAGGUGCUAUUGAGAGCAAGACAACAAGCACAAAACAUUAUUGCAAAGUUUUACACUGUUGCAGUAAAUUUGUGGCCAGUUUCUUUUUCUUUUUUUACAACCCCCGAGUCACAACUUUCCAGAUAUACUGUCAAUACAUCCAGAUCACACUUUUCUACAGUAAAAUGUUUUUGAAGGCAUGUUUACUAAUGGACAAAAACACAUUUUCACAACCUAAAUAUGACUUAUAUGGCAAUUGUAUGGGGUGCCAUAUAGCAUUCUAAUUAAAAUCCCUUUCAAGAGGGAAAAGCUUAAAGCAUAGAUCCUGUGCUCUCAAAGCACAGUCCAUCAUGGCUUUCUAAACUUGCACAAAAUCUAGGUUUUAGUCUAACAAUAACUCUAAAUUUCCCUUUAUUUCCCCAUCACCUUUUGUUUGGGGUGUCAUUCAGCUACUAAUUAAAAAGGCACCUUUGAUAUUGGACCACAAUUAGACACCAUAUGCCAUACAAGCUCAUUAAGAACAAACCUGUUUUGGUCUGGUCUUAAAUUGACUAUUGGCCUUUUUGUGGAAGCUAAAGAAUACUUGGCCAGGGUUUAUUGUAGCCCUGUGAACUAUCAAGGGAUGUUAUGCCCUGUUAAUUAUUACAACAGACAUUAUCAUAAUCAUUAAAAAAAAUUAAUCAGCUACUCUUUUUUUUAACAAAGUCUUUUUCAGUUUUUCACAAGUAUUAAAAAGACAACUUUAACAGAAAAAGCAUAACCAACAGGUUCCUAUCAACCCCCACCCCGAGUCCCCACUCAAAAUACUGAACAAUUACAUCAGACAUCCAAAAAAGAAGAAGGUGAGAAAAACAGAAAUAAUGGGUUAUGUUGUCAACUUCAACACCCUCAACAAAGGAUGGCUAUGACUGCAAAAUAGCACAGAAUUUCCUAGUAGAACCUCUGAUAGUACAGUAUAUCUAAGAUGAUACAUGAUCUGUCUGAUCCAGUGACCAUAUGUUGGCGGGAUGUGGUCUUUUCAUUUGAACAGUGUGGCCAAGAGAGAACAAAAGGCCAACAUAUUAAUUUUGUAGCUAUUGAGAGGGGCACCUGCCAGGGCCACACCAAAUAGUGCAAUUAAUGGAGGUGGGUCUUAAAGAUGGAUUGCCAGAAUGUAUGCAACUUUGGACAUGACCAAAACAUGUGCUAAUCUGCUAGUCUUCAGACACAUUUUUUGAGAAAGUUUGAUGCUGACCUUGAUGUAGAGCAUGGAGAACCGAGACUAAGAACUUCAGUCCACUGGCGGCCUACACUUCCAAGUGCUCUGGUAGAAUACCAAGUGUGUAAAUGGGUUACUGAAUGUGAAAAAUGUAAAACUGUAAACAUUGUAAGGGCCCAUGGAGGAAGACGUAUUAUGAGAUAAUAAUGUAAAUAUUUGAAUCAAUUCAGUCAAUUGAUUGAUAUAAUUCAUUUUAAUCUUCAGUAUUUUAUUUGGAGAAUAUUUAUGACAUGAUUUUUUAUAAAAUAAUCAGUGUUAUAGUGAUUAUCAUAUUGAACAUUGGAUACCAGAUUGAUUGGCAACCAGUCAAGAGGUACUAAGUAAAGUGUUCCUUAAGUCACUUGUAUAUGGUAUAUACUGUACACAUAUCAGUGCAUCUACAUUACAUAAAGAAAUGCUAUUCAAACUGUGAGGAAUGUGAUAAACUAGCAUUUCAUAGCAACACUGUGUAUUUUGCUCUCACAAAGAUGGCAAAUGUCAAUAAAGGUUCAUGUUCGUGUUGGCACAUAUUA